AUGGCGGAGACGAUGGACGUAGAUAGCAGCGAGCUGCUCACGCGCUAUGGACGGGAGAUUGAUCGCUUGAAGAAGCAGAUUAGUGAGGUGCUGGCUGAGAAUGAAGAGCUACAUAAGGACCGCCAGCGUCUCAUCGAAGCUGGGCGAACAAAGGAGGACUGGGAAGAACUGCAGGAGCUGACCAACACGCUGGUGCAGGAGAACAAACUCUUGAUUGGCAAAGAUGAAGCAAACCAAACAGAGAUCCAACGCAUGGAGAAGAAGAUGCAGAAGCAGCGCGAGGAAAUACAGCAAUUACAGGAGGAAAAGGGCCAGCAGGACAUACACGCCCAGCGUGUUGCCCUUGAACUCUCGCGUUUGCGGGACGAAAACAGCAGAUUACAGCGCGAAAACGCCCGGAUCCGCGCAGACGCACAGGUGCGUGGCGGUACAGGAUAUGCCCCACCAUCGGACCAGUACCAGCACAGCGACACCGAGAGCGCUGGGGUCGCCAGUCGAGACGGCGACCACCACGACCGCAUCAUCCAGGACCUCACAAACGAGCACGUGCGCGAGGUGUCUCGGCUUCGCGACACGAUCCAGCAGCUGCAAGGCGCCGUCAACCAGAAGGAACGCCACAUUGUCCAGAUGCAAUCAAAAGUGCAGGAAGCAACAGCUCUGGUGACCGCACUUCGCGAUCGCCUGGACGCCGUUCACCAAGAAAAACGGCGGCUGAGUGAACGGCUGGCGCAAGUAGAGCUCAACUACGAGGCGGCGCUGCAGGAGCGCGCACAGUACCUCGCACACCUCGACUCGGCCAUCAAGAUUGCCGAGCACCGGAAACACGAGCUUGCGUCGCUGAUGGCGGCAUCGGAGGUGAGCAAGGCGGAGCGAGACCGGGCGCUGAUGGAAGCGGCACGACGGGAUGCGCAGUUGGAUGCCAUUUCGCGCCAACUCGAGGCGGAACAGCAGCAGGCGAGGCAGCAGCUGCUGGACGCUGUGGACAUGGUCCGCCUUCAACGAAGCAACUAUAAGCGAAUGACUGGCAAGCCAUGAUAUGCAAGCGUUUUCUUGCUGCCCCGCUCCCCACCCCUCAGCCCUCCUUGCUGUACAUACACACGUGUUGACAAUUGUCGUCGUUUGUUUAUUAGCUUGUCACGUCCUCCCCGCCAAGUACCUGUUACCCUCGCCUGGUAUGGCAAUUAGCUUCAGCACACAACACACACAGCACACACACACACAGACGUCCCAUAUGCGAUACACGUGUGCGCGUGAGCUUUGCCACUGCUUCCUUUGUGUACAAAAUCAAAUCAGAAUAUAGCUGUCCAAGCCGCA